ACAGAGGCGGAGAGAGAGUUCGCCCUGGCUGGCGUCCAACAUCGGUGCCUCGCGAGUUGGCAGUCCAUUAUAUAGAUUUCGAAGUGCCACGUCUGGUCUUGGGACUCUGGAGUGCAGUGACCGUCAUCUCGUGUCCGGUUUGAAAUGAGGCAAUACAGAGCGCAGGCGUUGCUGACUGUGGUGCUGGCGGCGGCGUGGUCGGCGGCGGGAAUGCCACUGCCGGUGUUGGAGGCGGAGGAGAACGCCCUCAACGAAGUGUCGGAGGGCGGCCUGCUGGUGCUGGUGCCGACGCUGCCGCUGGAUGAGCACGAGCGGUCGGGACAGGACCUCAAGAGGGAGGUGGAGUAUGAUUUAAUUUCCAUCCCCGAGGACGUGCUCAGGAGGGAAAUCCGCCAGGUGGUGCAGCAGUACGGCGCGCCCAGGUGAGCAAGAUCGCACGAAACACGGCCACAGGAACAGGCACUUGUGUGUGUGCUUUUACGUGCG